CGACAUUCCUCACGGCAGCAUACUCUCAGCUUUCAACCCUGUCAAGUGCUGUCGCUGGAGCUUUUAUACGUACAAAUAAAAAAAGAUGAGCAAAACGCCACUGGAAGAUUUGGUUUUCUUAGAUGACAAUCCGGGAAACUUUCCGAGCUCAAGCGAUUGCUCUCCUUUGAGUCCUACAGACAGCAUGGGUUCAUUCUUCUUAAACUCUGAAACGGAGAAUGGAGCUGAGGAAAAGAAAGCAGCAAAGCCAUAUAGUGGCCCCCAAGUCCUGAGCAGCGAGCCUGAACUGAUUGAAGUGAGGCAAAUACCACCCAUAGCCAGGUCAAAGACGUAUGAUUCCUCGUUAGCCCUCGACAUGAAGAACGAUCUGAAACUUGAACGGAAAAAAUCUACUUCAAACCAGUUCAUGAAGGCAAAUGCACAUUUCCACAAGUUGUUCAAAGAUGUUCCAAAGGACGAGCUAUUAAAAGAAAGUUUUACAUGCGCAUUACAGAAAGAGAUUUUGUACCAAGGAAAGUUAUACAUUUCAGAAAACUGGAUUUGUUUCCAUUCAAAGGUUUUUGGGAAAGACACAAAGAUUGUCAUCCCAACAAUUGCUGUAACAGUGCUAAAGAAAACCAAAACUGCCAUACUUGUGCCAAAUGCCCUUGUUGUUGCUACCGUCACAGAGCGGUUUAUAUUUGUGUCCUUAUUAGCACGGGAUUCCACCUACAAGCUAUUAAAGUCUAUCUGCAGCCACCUUGAUGUAAGUGCAAGUAUUGGAAACAGUCCCAAUCCUUCUACAGAUCACAUUGAUAGAGGAGAGCAUGCUGCCUCUUUUCCACUUGAUUUCAGCGUAGACUUUUCAGAGAUUGAUGGUUUGGUACGAACACGAAGAAAGGACAUAGAAGAAUACAGUAGCACGGGCUCUCAAACACCAGAAUCUGAAAACUCCCAAGAAUUCCAGGAUCAAGACAAAAAUGUCAUAAAGUCUCACAAACCUGUAGUUGUGGAGAGUCAGAUGAAGAGCCCUGAAAGAAGUAAAUUGAUACAACAAAAGCCAGAUGACAAAAGCGUCUUUAAGAGACUGAACAUUUCACAGAUUACCUCCUUGAAUGGUUUGCUUUUCUUCUAUGCAAUUCUUGUCUGUCUGCUGAUUAUCUCCACCUUGUAUAUGCAGUCAAGGAUUGCGUAUCUAGAGGAACGUCUUUCCACGCUUGGUUCUGUCCACACUGGGUGGUCUGCUGAACAAGGAAUUGGCAGUUGGCACAUUAACGCAAACCUAAUAUGUGAAGAGUUAACAGCCAACCUGGAAAAGCUUGACAAGAUUCAAAGAAGCUUGCAGAGGCUACUAGAAGAUGCAGAAUGAAACUUGAUGUUUACACGGAUGGUACACCAGUCUCUGCUGGACAGAGGAAUUUUAUUGUUGAAGCUGAUCAAUGAACUGCAUGGAAAGCCAGGAAUUUAAUCUCAGGAAAGCUUUUUCUAAUCCUUUCUACACGUUUGUUUCCUCCAUAAAGUAAGCAAUAUGAUGGGCAACGCCUCCUCGCAUUCCUUGCCUGUGACUUUUAAGAGAAUUCUUACAUUUCACUGUGAAAAUACUGUUUUGCACAUGUUUCUGCAAAUGUAUAUUAGAAGCACUCCUCCCCUUUUUCUGUCUUAUUUAUGUCAAUGACUUUGUUUGCUGGAACCGUGUACCAGCCUGGUGGAGACUAAAUGUUUGCAACAUAAUGCUGCCACAUUCAUUCAAGAUGCUGUGAUAUUGUACUGGAUCUUCUAGCCUAUGAACUAUGAAGAAAUUAGCAGUGCAGCAGUCUUUGU